AUGUCCUUACCUCAUCCAGACGACUUGCAAGAAACCUGGGCCUUUAUUGAACCAAGCUUGUACAAAAUUUUGGGCACAGAUGAUGACUCUGAUGGUGUGACGCCUGAUGAGUACAUGUCUUCAUAUACUGCGGUUUACAAUUAUUGUGUCUCGAGAUCAAAAGGUGGCAGCACCUAUCGUUCCAGCACCAACUCCAUCUUGUUGAUUGGUUCCGAGAUUUAUGCGAGAUUAAAGAACUUCCUUACCAACUACGUGCUACAAUUGACAAAACGUCCCGAUGAAACUUUCUUGCAAUUUUAUGUCAGACGAUGGAGAAGAUACACCAUUGGUGCUGGAUAUUUGAAUAACGUGUUUGAUUAUAUGAACCGGUACUGGGUAUCCAAAGAAAGAAGCGACGGCAGAAGAGACAUUUAUGACGUCAAUACUUUGGCGCUUUUAACUUGGAGAGAAAACAUGUUCGACAUCAAUUGCAACAUCUUGGUGGCGGAAAUCUUAGAACAAAUUAGAUUACACCGUUUGAAACAACAAAACUCACCAGCAUUACUCACACAUUCGAUCAAAUCUUUUGUAAUGUUGGGUAUCGAUAUUCAGGACUUGAAAAAACCAAACUUGGGAAUAUACAUUGAUAAGUUUGAAAAACAGUAUUUGAUUAAUACUAUAGAAUUCUACAAUACUGAAUCGAAUGAGUACUUGAAGACACACAACCUUAUCGAUUACAUGAAGCGGGCGGAGCACAGAAUUGCUGAUGAAACCAGUUUUGCCACCAACUUCCUCGAUGAAAGAAGUAGAAGGCCAUUAUUGGAAACCGUUUGCAAAUCUUUGAUUGAAAACCACGCACCAGUCAUGUAUGAAGAGUUUGAGAGACUAUUACAACAAGACCAAUUCUCUGAUAUCAACAGAAUGUACUUGUUGAUGCAAAAAGUCCAAAGCUCUUUGGACCCAUUGGCCAGAAAGUUUGAAGGUUAUAUUAAGAGUGAAGGGUUGAUGAAAAUCGAUAACAUGGAUAUCAAUGAUGACAAUAAAGGAGAUAGACCAGUGAGAAAGGCACCACCUAAGGUAUUGGCUACCGAUCAACAGAAAAAAUUGUACAUCAAAACUUUGAUUGCGGUUUACACUAAAUUCGUUUCCAUUGUCGAAAAAGCAUUCAAUAACGAUUUAUUAUUUGUUAAAGCCUUGGAUAAUGCCUGUAGAGGUUUUAUCAACAAGAACUCUGUGGCCCUGCCUCCAGGUUAUAAAGGUACUUCCAAGACGCCAGAAUAUUUGGCGAAAUAUACUGAUUUGUUGAUGAGAAAAAAUGCCAGAGAAAACGAUGUGAGUAGUGACAUGUCUGAAGAUGAUGUGAUGACUAUUUUCAAAUUCAUUACCGAUAAGGAUGCUUUUGAGAGUCAUUACAGAAAAUUGUUGGCCAAACGGUUGAUUUACGGGACAUCGAUGUCGGUGGAUACUGAAGAAAGUAUCAUUAGUAGAUUACAAAAGGAAAACUCGGUGCAAUACACUUCAAAAAUGACCAAGAUGUUCCAAGAUAUGAAGGCAUCAACCGAUUUGCAAGCUGCGUUUGCGCAAUACGUGGAAAAUAAGCCAAAUAAAAAGGAAAUUUUGGAUGAUUUUAACGUUUAUGUUUUGGCAGAAACCAUGUGGCCAUUCUCUGCAUUCAAGCAUGAAUUUUCACUCCCAAAAGAAUUGAUGCCAACCUACGAUGCGUUGGAAAGUCUUUAUAAUGAGAAACACACUGGUAGACAAUUGAAAUGGAUUUGGAACUUGUGUCGUGGGGAAAUCAAGGCCAACAUUUCUAAACCUGGCAAACCACCAUUCAUUUUGACCAUGACGCUUUUCCAAAUGGCGAUCAUUUUACGAUUCAACGAACAAGAUACUUAUACUUUUGCCGAAUUAGUGGAUAUUCUUAAGUUGCCAGAAGAAUAUGUCAGUGGUAAUUUGGCUCCAUUGAUCAAAUAUAAGUUGUUGAAUCAAUCUCCACCAGAUGCCGCCAAGAUUGGCGAAACUUCCACGAAAUUCACGGUAGUCAAAGAAUAUAGAUCGAAGAGAAUGAGAGUGAAUUUCGCCUCGAAUAUCAAGAUUGAACAAAAGCAAGAAUUGGAAGAAACCACCAAAGAAAUCGAGCAAGGUAGAGAAAUGUUUUUGCAAGCGUGUAUUGUUAGAAUCAUGAAGGCAAGAAAACAAUUGAAGCAUGUGUUGUUGGUGAAUGAAGUGAUUCAACAAUCGCAUACCAGAUUUAAGGCGCAAGUUUCCGAUAUCAAGAAAGCCAUUGAGAAUUUGAUUGAAAGAGAGUAUUUGCGGAGAGUGGAUUCGGAUACCUAUGAAUAUGUUGCAUGA